AUGACGACAGUCACCUUAAGUGCAGGGAACGGAGGACGCAACAAAGGGGCAGGUCCGAACCUCCAGCCUCAGACCGUCAACGGUCGCCUGACCCUUGACCUGAGUAACCAGGGUCUGACGUCCAUCCCGGAGGAGGCGUUUGAUAUCACUGACCUGGAGGUUCUAGAUGUGUCCGACAACAAACUAACCAGCAUCCCGGAAGCAAUCGGCCGGCUGCAGAAACUUUACCGUUUGGACGCGCACGGCAACAUGCUGACAAGUUUGCCACAGGAGAUUGGUUCCUUGCAGAAAUUGACACAUCUGUACGUUCAUAGUAACAAACUUGCCAACUUGCCUCCUGGCAUAGAAAAGCUGCAGAAACUGAGACAGCUGUACAUUUGUGGUAAUCAGCUGACGGAGGUACCCUCAGGCGUCUGCUCGCUCCCUAACCUUGAGGUGUUACAUGUUGGUAACAAUAAACUCUCCACCUUCCCCCCUGGUGUGGAAAAGCUGCAGAAACUGAGAGAACUGUACAUUUAUGGUAAUCAGCUGACGGAGGUACCCUCAGGCGUCUGCUCGCUCCCUAACCUUGAGGUGUUAAGUGUCGGCGCAAACCCCAUCAGACGUCUCCCCGAUGACGUCACACGACUCACCAGGCUGAAAACUCUCUAUGUCGACAACUGUCAGUUUGACGAGUUCCCCAGACAGGUGCUGCAGCUGAAGAAACUGGGGAAACUGUACGCUGAUGGCUGCAAGUUUGACACGGUGCCAGAUGAAGUGGGAGUGGGAAACUUACAACACCUGUGGUACUUAUCAUUGUCAACUAACCUCCUCAGAACCCUGCCGAGCACCAUGAGUCACCUGCACAACCUACGGGAAGUCCACCUCUCGAACAACAAGUUCGACACGUUCCCAAAAGUCCUGUGUGAACUACCUGUCAUGUUCUACCUGUACAUAAGGAACAACAAGAUCACCAGGCUCCCAACCGCCCUUUACCGAGCCGGCAAGCUGAAGGACUUGGAUGUUUCUGGAAACCCCCUGACAUACCCUCCAUGGGAUGUGCGUGGACAGGGGUUCAGAGCCAUCAUGGCCUUCUUGAAAGAGGAGGCUGAGAAAGAAGGAACAACGCGAGCUGGACAAGACGAGGAUAAUGGCUCGACAGCAGGGAUUAAGAAAGCCCAAGAUGUACAAGGCACAACAGGACAAGAGGUGAAGAAGGGCUCGGUAGCAGGCAAAGUGACUAAAGAAGUCCGAGAUGUAGAAAUAACACCUGUCCCUGCUCCGAACCCGCCUCCGCCUCCACGAGAGCCACUCCCACCACUCCUUUCGCCACUUCCUCCUCCAAGUGUGGGAAUCUCCUGCUCCGACAGCACUCUCGAGAUCGCCUCGUCCUCCCCGAAUGUCCGAACCUCCAGCCUGCCCCUGGCUGAAGGUGCAUCUCCGGUACAACCCCAGACAGCAGGGCUAGUAUCAGGAGCUGGUGUGGUUCAGAAGCAACCGACUGGAGACAGCAAAGCGCACGAUAAAGACCUGAAUCUAGCGUUCAGUCGUCUGGCACUGAAAGUCAAACCAGCCGAAUGGAAACACAUCGCCCGGCAGUUAGGCUUCAACAAUCAGGAGGUUAAAGACGUCGCGACCGACUGUCCAGACGAGCCGAUGUACGAGACGCUGGUAAGAUGGAGAGAGCGAGCCGGUCCUGCUGCCAGCCUGGCUGUACUGGAGCGGUGUCUGAGGGACCUGGAUCUGCACCAGCUGGCAGACCAGAUCACCAGGACGGCUAUGAGCCCGACCCGGAGAGGCCAUGAGUCAGGAGAAAGGGGAGCGGUCGGAGGCCAGCUGCCGGGUGAGGUGCAGAGCAGAUAUCCAAGCGUGACGGUUGACCACAAGCUUCCUAUCAUCGAGUUUGAACGACUCAACUUUCCGAAAGAGCCCGUUCUCGGCAGUGGGGGUUUCGCCGCUGUAGAGAAGGCCUAUCAUCUGGACUUGAGACAAGAAGUGGCUGUCAAACGGCUGCUGACUCGCAAAAUUACAGGAAGUGAGCAAGAUCUGCUGUACUCCGAGGCGAGGAAACUGAACCUGGGAAGCCGAUCAGACCACGUCAUCAGUCUGCUGGGGGUCUGUCUGGACCCAAACUUCGCCAUCGUGAUGCCCUACAUGGAGAACGGCUCUCUGGCCGGGCUGCUGCGGGAUGUGGACGUGCCCUGGGCCCUGAGGUGGAGAAUGGCGCACGAGAUCUCCCUGGGAAUGACUUUCCUGCACUGCCAGAACCCACAGAUUCUCCACUGUGAUCUGAAGGCAGAAAACGUGCUACUGGAUGGGGACUUCCAUGUGAAGAUUUCGGACUUUGGGCUGUCCAAGUGGAAGGCCGAAUCUCGUGUGGUCACCGGAACCAGUCCAUCAGGUAGCACAAUCACGCAUGCUCCACCGGAAUACCAUGCAAACAUCAACCUCAUUCCUACCGCCAAAUUUGACGUGUACAGCUUUGGUGUACUGCUUUGGGAAAUUGUUACUAGAAGGCAGCCCUAUGCACAUGCUGCCAAUUCGGCCCUGAUCUCUAUAAAUGUGGAAAGGGGUCAACGACCUGACCUAACCCUGAUCCCCACAGACCGGGAGGACGUGACGUCAGUGAGUCAGCUGAUGCAGACAUGUUGGAGUCAGAACCCGGACGACAGGCCAUCGUUCGACGACUGUGCUGACCGACUCCGCCAUGUGAAGGACAGGUUUAGCCGCGAGGACGUUCGACAGGCUAUCAGCGCUGUGGAGAAGAUGCAGGUGUAAGAUUCAUGCUUAUGCUAAGACUACUCUGCUUGUUCACUAGUCGGUUUGGUUCAUUUCGGUAAAGGUUUUAGUAUUUAGUUGGUAGCAUGUUAAAGUAUAGUAUACUGUAGUGAACAGAUCGGUGCUUGGACUGUUGAUAUUUCGGCUUUACAUUCAAGCUAUAACAGAUCCCAAAACCAAAUGACGCAGCGUGAUGAUUUCUCUGCAACUGUAAUUGAGUUUAAUGUAGAGUCACCAUGAUUAGUCUGAUUUGUUUGUUCUUGAGUUAAUAAUUGCUAGUUUGGUUAAGUUGAUGUUUUAGAUUUGUGGCAUGUAAAGCAUUGUACAGGGACUUUUAAUGGUGAUAAUUUAGCUUAAAAACUAUCAAAAUAGUUAACUUGUGUUUGGACCUUUCUGUUCCUGUGAUGAUCUAUAUGCAGAUAUGCUGUCAUCAACCAUAUGAUUAACGUGUAAGGUGGUGGUGAUAUCUUGACAAUGAUUAAGUAUUGAUCGGGCACUAC